CAGCAGCUACUGCUUGGCAAGGCGAAAGGAGGAUCGUCCCAAAAGGAAGCAAGCAAGCAAGAAGAUACCCUGGAGAAGUUGGGGGAAGCCUGAGAAACGCAGAGCCCCGCCUGUCUCUUGGCUCCAUCUGUAGCAAAAAUAAAAAGUCAAAGUCAACUAAUAGGAGGGAGGAAGGGAAAGAAAGUCCCCAGGAUGGAUAAAUACAAAGCUCUGGAACAACUGCUCACAGAACUUGAAGACUUUUUGAAGAUACUGGAUAAGGAAAACCUCAGCAGUAUGGCUGUAGUGAAAAAGAGUUUCCUUGCUGACCUCCUUCGUCUAUGCACAAAAUCAAGUGGUGGUGAUGAGGAAUAUAUUUACAUGAACAAAGUCACCAUCAAUAAACAGCAUGGUGAACUAGAGAAAUCAGACAAAGCCUUAGGUCACAGGGAUUCCUUGACCAAUGGGGAAGUGGAGCAACAUUUGUCUCCUCCUCAAAAGAGUUUGCCAGACCUUCCACCUUCCAAAAUAAUCCCAGAAACAAAACCACAUUCAGGCUCUAAAGCUGAAUCUCCAGAAGGGUACUAUGAAGAAGCUGAGCCCUAUGGCAUCUCUCUGAAUGGUCUUUAUGGUAGACUUGCAGCUAUUGGAUCGAGGCCAGGAUUGCAGGUUACUGAGGGAGUCAUAUAUGCCACAAUAACUAUGGAUGAUGGAGAAGCAGUCAGCAGUUCCUAUGAAUCCUAUGAUGAGGAAGAAAGCAGUAAAGGCAAGUCAGCUCCCCACCAGUGGCCUUCUCCUGAAGCUUCCAUUGAACUCAUGAAAGAUGCCCGGAUCUGUGCUUUCCUCUGGAGAAAGAAAUGGCUGGGUCAGUGGGCCAAACAGCUCUGUGUGAUUAAGGACAACAGAUUAUUGUGCUACAAGACUUCCAAGGAUCACAGUCCUCAAUUGGAUGUUAAUUUGCUGGGCUGCAGUGUCAUCCACAAGGAGAAGAAUGUGAGGAAGCAGGAACAUAAACUGAAGAUCAUCCCAAUGAAUGCUGAUGUCAUUGUGCUGGGCUUGCAGAGUAAGGACCAGGCAGAACAGUGGCUCAGAGUAAUCCAAGAGACAAGCGGUCUCUAUCCAGAUGGGUUGAGCGAAGGAAAUCAGUAUGUUCCAGACUCCCAACGGCUUAGUUACCCCAAAGUAGAGACUGAGAGGUAUUCAACAGCACCAGAAAGUGGAAGCAGCACUGAUGGUCACACAGAAUUGAUGGAAACUAAAGAUGCUAAGAGGAAGGGCACAUCAGGAUUAAAACUAAGCAACCUGAUGAAUCUUGGAAGAAAGAAAUCUGCCUCACUGGACAGUCCAGAACGGUCUUUGGAUACUUGUACAUAUCUGAAUGUAUUGGUGAAUAGCCAGUGGAGAUCUCGGUGGUGUUAUGUGAAAGAGGGACAGCUCCACUUCUACCAGGAUAAGAACAAAACCAAAACUGCCCAACAGCCUCUGAACCUGAUAGGCUGUGAAAUUAUCCCAGACCCAAGUCCUGAUCACCUCUACUCAUUCCGGAUUCUGCAUAAUGGGGAAGAACGGGCCAUGUUAGAGGCCAAGACUUGUGAAGAAAUGGGUCACUGGCUUGGUCUCCUUUUAUCAGAAUCUGGCUCAAAAACAGACCCUGAAGAACUUACCUAUGAUUAUGUUGAUGCUGAUAGGGUUUCCUGCAUCGUCAGUGCAGCAAAGAAUUCGUUACUCUUAAUGCAGAGGAAGUUCUCAGAGCCCAACACAUACAUUGACAACUUGCCAAAGGAAAAGGAGGAACAAGAAGAACUCUACGAUGAUGUGGAUGUUCCAGAAGCAACAAUGGAGGAAAUACCUCAGAGUGAAAGCAAAUGUGAAGGGGAACAGGACAGAGUCUAUCUUGACCUCACACCAGUUCAGACUUUCCUGUACUGUGCUGGCAAGCAGCAUGGUCAGUUGUCCCCUUCAGCAUCUCCUCCUCUGCAAAGAUCUGCCAGCAAGAGUUCAACUGACUCUGAGAAAGAUUCAUCCAUGGUCCAUAAAGAAGGCGAGUUGAACAGAAGAUCAUUGGAAACUCCAGACAAGAAGCCUCCAGAUGUGGAUGAGCUCUUGCCACUGAGGACAACCACAGUAAAAAUCCAGGCUCAGCAGCAGCAAAUUGCCUUUCCACAUAGUGGCCUUGAGUUUAAGAAUGCCACCACAGUUGUGACUGCACCCAAAGAGAAGGGAGAACGGCCCAAGGCAGUGAAUCCAGCACCUGUUGAAACCAAACUGGGCAAAAACAGGACAGAAGCUGAAGUGAAGCGAUACUCAGAAGAACGAGAUCGCCUGGAGAAGGAAAAAGAAGAAAUCCGCUCCCAGCUGGCACAGCUUCGGAAAGAGAAAAGAGAGAUGAAAGAGUUGCUGACAGGCUGCACAGACAAGAGCCUUUUGUCCACAAUGGAGCAAAAUCUGAAGGAAAUAGAGGAGGAAUGCAAACGGAAAGAAGAUCAGCGUGUAGACUUAGAGCUGAACCUUGUGGAAGUAAAAGAAAAUCUAAGGAAAGCUGAAUCUGGUCCAGUUACACUUGGUACUGCUGUGGAUACCACACACCUGGAGAAUGCAAGCCCUAAAAUGAAAGUUGCCAACUCUAUUAAUAGUACUGAAAACUCGCCCGUCAAUUCAGCAAUGGCAUUAAAAAACCGGCCACUCUCUAUCAUGGUCACAGGGAAAGGAACAGUUCUACAGAAAGCUAAGGAAUGGGAGAAGAAAGGUGCUAGUUAGGUUUUCAUAGUGUCAAGAGUGGACUUAUGACUAGAAUUGGCCAUUCAUGGACUACAGGAUACUGUUGACAGUAGAUAAAAGGUCUGGAAAAGGCAAAGUGCCACAAGAAGUAUGUAUACUGUGUCGCUCCAUCUAGAAGAAAUUAUGGACCCUGGCCAGAUGCUUUCAAGCUGUGUAUAGGAUGAGAUCCAGCUUGCCAUAACGGGGCCUUUCUUAGAACGUUGCUCCUUUUAGCAGAGUUGCACUAUGUAGCAGCACAGAGAGUUAACAUAAGUGGAAACAUUGAUUCUAAUCUCAUUGAUGUCAUAAAUACUUUGCUGUACAUACAAAUGCUUUUGUGUAUUUCUAGUUUUGGUGGUUAUAGCAUUGUGCAAUCCAGGAUUUGUUGUUAGCAAAAAGAAUUUGGUUUCUAGUCAGAUCUCUUUAAUGUUGCGGUGUUACACUAAGGGGUUGUCGGGGAGGUGGGGUGUGGGCAAGGUAAACUGAAGGCUCCUUGUUAGCCUUUUCAUUUGGAUAUUUUCUAGCCAAUGAAGAAAAAAUUGAGAGAAGUUUGGGGCAUCAAGCAACACAACUAAAAGUUGGCUGCUUUUUAGCUGUGUAUAAAAUAAGACCCAGUUUGCCAAAAAUAAUUCCGACCCAAAGACAUUAUGGCUUAGAGUUUAAUGUUGGUACAAAGCACAUAUCUCUGUACGAGAUCUAAUAAACCAGUUACCACCAUCAGAACUGACUGGGACACAUCCUGAAUCAGUGGAUUCAUGGCCACUUAGCAACUUACAACCACAGGGAACCUCUCUAGAUCCAGUGAUAUAUCCCACUUUGUGAAAGGAUGUGUCCUGAACACUGAAGAGAAUUAACACGUCAUGCAUACAUGGAGGCUCAGUUUGUGAACAGAAGCCAGAAGGUUAUUUAAAAUGCAAAAAGAGUUAAUUCUUAAAUUGCUGCAACUGACAUUUGAAGGUGAUUUGAGGCACAAUGGUGACAUUUUCUUUCCUGCCUUCCAUGAUGUGACCCCUAGUGAUGCCAAUACCGUUUACUGAAUUUUGCAGUGCUUCUCGUUAAUAUCCAUAUAAUUGUUUCCUUUUUGAGCUAGUACUACAUCUUCUAAUAUUCUGUACAGCCAUCAGCAUAAGGACUAUGCCCUAUAUGUAUGAAAUUAAGUUCAGAAGUUUAAAAAGUCAUUACCCAAAUACUGUGAAUGCUAUCACAAAAAGAUUAUUUGGAAGAAUACAUAAUCUUUUUCAACAUAUUUUGUCAUAGCUUCUCCGAUAAACAAGAGUAUAAUUACAGCAAGACAGGACUUGAUUGAAUUCUCUGCAGAAAAUCUGUUAAACCCAAGGAAGAUUAGGCAUGUCUGAUUUUAUUUUUGAUUUCAUUUGCAUGUGAAUCAUUUCUCAAAGCAGGCUAUAUAUAAAGGGGAGAAAUUGAUGUCAAAUACUUCAUUCCAACAUUGUGCUCGAUGAUGUAAAGUCAGAGGGACUCAGCAGGCUUACCGUAGUGCAAGGACAUUUACAGACAAUCGUUUUCUCAUGCAACAAAUUAGUUGUUGCAGGAACUCUAAAGAGCAGUGGCCCAGCUAACAAAUAUGUUGUGAUGAAGUAACAGUUUCUCAACAACAAAAGCUACAAGGAAAAUGCUAUAGUACCCAAUAGUUUAUAUAAACUGAAUAUAGUUGUUUGUGUACUGUGUACUAUGACUAGGUGUUACAAACUUAUAUUCUCUUCCUGAGGGAGAUGGUUGUAAAAGAAUGCCUUUUGUCAAACAGAUUUUUCCAGUGUGACAAAAGAUAUGCUUUUAUGACCAUGUCCCAUAUGAAAAGAAUGGAAGUGCUGGAAUGACAUACAGAGAGGUACGGAGAAAGCUGCUGCUACUCUCCUGCUCCAUUUUGACGUUAUUUUGUCAUGCGAUAAGUCUCUUAAAUUAAAUAUGAGAAGCCUUACUUAUUUGUGUUUGUAACAAAGUUUGGCGGUAUAAUACACACUGGUUCUUAAAUACUGCUUCCAGAUCUUGGAGACUGUUGGGCCAGUAUAUAUGCUCUCAGUAGAACCCUGGUGGCAUAGUGGUUAAAUGCCAGUGCUGCAGCCACAAGGUUGUGAGUGCAAUCCCAGGCAGGGCUACAAGGUCUUCUCCAUCCUUUCAUAGGGCUGUAAAAUGAGUACCCAGUUUGUUGGGGGCAAUUGGCUUACACAUUGUAAACCGGUUAGGAAGUGCUAGUUCACUGAUAAGUGGUAUAGAAGUGUACUUGCUAAUGCUCUUGCUAAAUAGCAUUAUAACAUGUUUUGUGAUUCUGUAUUCUGUUGUGUCAUUUACUGGUGCUACACAGGUGUUAUGUUGGGGACAUUAAGGCAAGUAGGAGGUAGAAGAGUCAAGAAAGCUUUGGUACUUUCAAUGCCCUGACAACUGGAAGCAUCAAUGGGGAAAGUACCAGAGGUGUAGCAGUUGACUCCUUUGCCCCACCUUUUAUGCUACAAUUCUUUGUUAACACCUAUGUACUAUAGCUGAUGAAGUCAGGGCACAGAGAUUCCACACACAAGCUGAGAAUCUCAAAUCCAAAAGGUUCACUCAUGGAUCUGUGCAAAAGUACUAUCAUUGCAUUCCUAGAUAAAAUAUAAAUUCCUCUUUGUUGUACAUGUGUCUUUCCAAUCAGUGGCUAUUUUACAGAGGUGGUUUCUAAUAAAAAUAAAAAUGUUGGCUCUAUCUUAAAUGUGUGCAUUUUUUCAACAGUUUUUUUUUCAACAAUUACAUAGUUCAAAGUAAGGAAGCA